GGCUUAGGCCAAAUGAUGCUUUAUUAUGGUCGUGAAACGCAUCACGAUCUUCUAGGGAUCCACGUUUGAUUUGACUUCCUCAUUCGCUGAUCGACGAUUUUCUUUGUUUUCCAAGCGGAUUCGAGUUCGGUUUAUGCUUGCAACACGAUUCUUCUAAUGUCGAGAUUCAUGAUCUCCGAUCUCGAUAUGGGCAUGGGCUGCUGCGGCUGCCUUGGAUUCUUUAAAAAGCCUGAAAGAGAUGUGGAUUUCGAGAAAUUUCGCAUACUCGAUCGGGAUCGAUUUCGAAAGGUUGCGACCUUGACGCCGGGAAAGGAUCGAGCGAUCUGCAGGGGAAUGCCUGUGAAGGAAACGAAGCUUUUGACCCUGAGCCAGGAUGAUUUUGGCCAAAAAAUGAUAAAUGAAUUUGCCCGCAUACGUACAAUAGGUCGUGGAAGCUAUGGAAAAGUGAUUUUGUAUCAGAAUACUAUUGAUGGCAAACAGUAUGCAUUUAAGGUAUUUUACAAGUCUCGUCUAUCUAGGGUGCAAGUUACAUCCACUGAAACAGCGAUGACAGAUGUUCUUAGGGAGGUGCUAAUAAUGAAGACAAUAGAGCAUCCAAAUAUAAUCAAUCUCAUUGAGGUGAUCGAUGAUCCUGAUUCAGUUAAUUUAUACUUAGUAUUAGAAUAUGUCGAGGGUCAGCAAGUCUGUGCUUCUUCUGGUACAUUCGGAGGAAUAGGAGAAGAUACCGCUAGGCGAUACUUGAGAGACAUAGUUUCUGGGCUAAUGUAUCUUCAUGAACAUGAUAUUGUACAUGGAGAUAUAAAGCCUGACAAUCUGUUGGUAACAAGAGAAGGAUCAUUAAAAAUUGGUGAUUUCAGCGUCAGCCAUAUUUUUGAGGAUGGUAAUGAUGAGCUUUGCAGGUCACCUGGAACCCCUGUUUUUACUGCACCUGAAUGCUGUUUAGGUUCAAGUUUCCAUGGUAAAGUUGCCGACAUCUGGGCUGUCGGUGUUACACUACACUGUAUGAUACUAGGUUAUUGCCCUUUUAUUGGAGACACUUUACAAGACACUUACGACAAGAUAGUUCAUAGUCCUCUGGAUCUACCCUCUGAAAUUGAUCCUGAUCUUCAGAAUCUACUAGGAGGACUUCUAUGUAAAGAUCCUUCACAGAGGAUGACACUAGAUGAGGUAGCUAACCAUUCCUGGGUCAUCAGGGACUGCGAACCGCUCUCUCGAACACCAUGCAGAUGCAAAAGUGUUAGCUUAGACAAGGAAAUUAAGGCAAGAUGAUACUUCAGCAAAUUUCGGAAUGCCUUGCGUGAAGCUGUGUGUGUUGAAAAGUAUCCAUCCAAUCCGAGUACUUCCAUUGUGCUCAUUAAAAUGUCAUCUGCUAGUGACUGUUAAUUGCCAUGAUGUGGUCUAUGUGAGUUUAUCAUCUAGGUUUAGAAUUUGGAUUGAUGCAAGGUUUUCAUGGUGGAGAUCUUGUGUCUAUGUAAUCA